AUGAAGGCGUCUUCCAUGGGAAUGCGCUCAGGGAUGCCACACUGGGAAGGUCUUCACCUCGAGAGGGAGGCUUCGGGAGGCGCCAGCGUGGAGACCCGCGCGGAACAGGGAAAAGCCAAACGCGGACUAGAGGUUGGACGCAUGGGGGCGCUAGGAUGGGUGAGACAGCGAUCUAGCAGCGCCAGGACGGCCCGCGGGGGGCUCCCGGGCUCAGUCCCGAAGGCACAGCCCGGAGAAGAGCCCACGAGGAGCGAUGUGCGCCAGGGCAGCUUUAGGAGAGUCCGGGGCUGCGAGGUGCGGCUGCGCGGAAAGCGGAGCCGGGAGCCAGGCCCGACUCGGGGAUUUUUUUUCGCGGCGCCCGGCCCCGCGAGCAAAUAUUUGACAUUCCAGACUUAUCUCGAGGGGGGCGAGGCCCGAAGAGCGACGUUGCCCCCUCCCCCGGGCCCGAUUGGCUUGGCGUUUGCAGGGGUGGGCGGUGCAGAGAGGGCCAGCGGCGUGUGGACGCCAGGCUACACCCCCAGGGGAAGCGCCGGAAGGACCGUCUGCUUCCCCUCCCUCCAGGCUGCCGCGUGCCGGUGCGAGUCACCUCCGACCCCGGCGCUUCCGUCUUUAUCCUUCAAAUGGGGGCGCGCCGGAGUGUGGGUUCAGUGGGCAAGGCGUCGGAGCCCCGUCCACCCGGGCGUGUUCGCCACCCGAGGGUCCGGACGCAACGCCCUGCUUUCCCGAAACCGCGAGUUCUCACAGCUGGUGCUCGGGGAUGUGGCUCUGCUGGGCGGGGGCCCCUACGUGCUCUGCACUGAUGGACAGCAGCUGCUGCGACAGGUCCUGCAUCCUGAGGCCUCUAGGAAGAACCUGGUACUCCCCGACACCUUCUUCUCCUUCUACGACCUCCGCAGAGAGUUCCAUGUGCAGCACCCAAGCGCCCGCCUCGCCAGGGACCUCACCGUGGCCACCAUGGCACAGGAGUUGGGGCUGGAAACAGAUGCCACAGAGGAUGACUUUGGGGUCUGGGAAGUGAAGACAAUGGUAGCUGUCAUCCUCCACCUACUUGAAGGGCCCAAUGAUCAAUUGUUUUCGAAGCCCGAGGUGAUAAAGCAGAAAUAUGAGACGGGACCUUGCAGCAAGGCUGAGGUGGUGGACAGUGAGACUGUGGUUCGGGCCCGUGGGCUGCCCUGGCAGUCAUCAGACCAGGACGUGGCUCGCUUCUUCAAAGGACUCAACAUUGCCAGGGGUGGUGUAGCGCUCUGCCUCAAUGCCCAGGGGCGAAGAAAUGGCGAGGCCCUCAUCCGCUUUGUGGACAGCGAGCAGCGGGACCUAGCGUUGCAGAGACACAAGCACCACAUGGGUGUCCGCUACAUUGAGGUAUAUAAAGCAACAGGAGAGGAGUUUGUAAAGAUCGCAGGGGGCACAUCACUAGAGGUGGCUCGGUUCCUGUCACGGGAAGAUCAAGUGAUCCUGCGGCUGCGGGGACUGCCCUUCUCAGCUGGGCCAGCAGACGUGCUCGACUUCCUGGGGCCAGAGUGCCCAGUGACGGGGGGUGCCGAUGGGCUGCUCUUUGUGCGCCACCCUGACGGCAGGCCCACUGGCGAUGCCUUUGCACUCUUUGCCUGUGAGGAGCUGGCACAAGCUGCACUGCGCAGGCACAAGGGCAUGCUGGGUAAGCGAUACAUUGAACUCUUCCGGAGCACUGCAGCCGAGGUGCAGCAGGUCCUGAACCGCUACGCUUCCAGUCCACUCCUUCCCACACUGACUGCUCCACUGCUGCCCAUCCCCUUCCCAAUGGUAGCUGGGACUGGGAGAGACUGUGUACGCCUCCGAGGCCUGCCCUACACAGCCACCAUCGAAGACAUCCUAAGCUUCCUGGGGGAGGCAGCAGCUGACAUCCGGCCCCAUGGUGUGCACAUGGUGCUCAACCAGCAGGGCCGGCCGUCUGGCGAUGCCUUCAUCCAGAUGACGUCAGCAGAGCGGGCCUUAGCUGCUUCUCAGCGUUGCCAUAAGAAAGUGAUGAAGGAACGCUAUGUGGAGGUAGUUCCCUGCUCCACAGAGGAGAUGAGCCGUGUGCUGAUGGGGGGCACUUUGGGCCGCAGCGGCAUGUCUCCUCCACCCUGCAAACUUCCCUGCCUCUCGCCACCAGCCUACGCCACCUUCCAAGCCACCCCAACACUCAUUCCCACUGAGACGGCAGCUCUCUAUCCCUCUUCAGCACUGCUCCCAGCUGCCAGGGUGCCUGCUGCCCCCACUCCCAUUGCCUACUACCCUGGGCCAGCCACUCAACUCUACAUGAACUACACAGCUUACUACCCCAGCCCCCCAGUCUCUCCCACCACUGUGGGCUACCUCACCACGCCCCCUGCGGCCCUGGCUUCUGCUCCUACCUCAGUGUUGUCCCAGCCAGGAGCCCUGGUCCGUAUGCAGGGUGUCCCAUACACAGCUGGCAUGAAGGAUCUGCUCAGCAUCUUUCAGGCCUACCAGCUAGCCCCUGAUGACUACACCAGCCUGAUGCCUGUUGGUGACCCACCUCGCACUGUGCUACAGGCCCCCAAAGAGUGGGUGUGUUUGUAGGUGAGGGAGUCAGGAGGUAAGAGCUGGCUGAUGUCUUCAGCUAACGUCUCUCCUGCAUCCAGAGAACCAGUGCCCUCAUCCUGGUGACUUCCUUCUGAAGGCACUCAGAGGAGCUCAAGCCCCAGCUCCAUCCCCCCACUUACUGCUCUGCUGUUCACCCCAAAGAUGAUAGCUAAAUCUUGCAUGUAGGGCUGGGGGUGGAAUGGUGCUACCCUGCUCCCAAAGGCCUGACCUAGGCCUCCUGAGUAGCACCCAGAGAGCCUUUGGUCUGUUCUGGCUGUGGCCCAUGCCCACAGAUACUGUGGGGAAACAUCCACAGCAGGCUUGCCUUUUUUAAAAUGUAAGCCCUGGUGCCUUCAAUGUAUGACUCCUGGGAGCUUCUGAUGGUGGAGCAGAGAAACAGAGUGCUGGCCCCAGUCCCCAGGAUGCUUGGACCUCAAUGUCUACACUGUGCCAGGGGUGGUCCCACCUAAGGCUGCCAGCCCCUCCAGCUUGGCACAAGGAAUACCAGACGGCAAAACCACAGGCUGUUUUGAUGAGCUGUACUGCAGUAUCCCCAGAGGACACUAGGGGGCAGGAGGCCCUCACAUAAAAACUCAGGCUUGAAUUUUAAAGGAGACUUUUCUGCCUACUUUUUGUGCAUACCUUGGGCAGGCCAGUUGUCCUGAAUUUAGCAGACACAGUGGAAUGUCCUUUGCACCCAUUAGAAGGUGCAGAACUGAAGCUGCAUAAAGAAUUUGGAACUCUACCCUCUCCAGAAAAUAAACAAAGGUUCCUAACCACGUGGACUUUCUAAAAGCCAAAGUGCCCUUAGCUUUGGCCCCCAGGGUGAGGGGCUCCUCACCAGCCCCAGGCAGAGGAAAACUCAGGCAGAAUUCAAGGAGACUGUUGACCUGUCAUCGUUUAUUAUUUCAGCACUGUAACUGAGGAGCCUGAAUUGCUGGCUCUUCCCUUUGUAUUGUGUAAGGAGCACUGUACUCCUAUAAAAGGUUUUAAAAUACAAAAUGUACAAGAAAACACAAUCCCGAGUGCUGUAAACUGAACAUCAUCCAUUUUAUAAAAUACAAGGUUUCAACUUGAGCCCAUCUGAGCCUUAAAGAUGACCAUCUGUUCUGAGUAUCAAAAACAGCUUCACAGCCAGACCCAGCAGAGCUCUGAUGAUAGUGACUAGCCCUGGGCAGCAGUGGGCUGCACCCCAGGGCAGCAGCACCACACGUGAUCCUGGAGACAGCUGUUCCUUUUAAAGCUGUUUUCAGCCAUGUUUCUCUGUGCGUCUCUAAUAAGCAGAAGGCUGCUCAUCCCAUUCUUUAAUCCAAGAUCUCACACCGGCCGGAGGGGUAGGAGUAGGUGCUAGCAUAUGCCCAGCUGCUCAGUGCUGCUAACUAGAACCCAAAUUGCAUAGUCCAAUGGAUGUGUGCUUUAAUACCACUAUGUUGCACAAAAAUGUAAGUCUUUAUCUACAAAGCCAAAAAAUAUUGACUCUUACACCAAAGCUUUUACAAAGCUGAUACAAAACUGCUUACAUAGUAUACAAAGCUCUAUUUUAAAAUUCAACUUUUAUUUUAAAUAGGAAAGCAUUUCUAGUGCUACAGGCAUCAAGGUAUUUAAAAGGCAUCAAAAUUUGGUGCAUAGCAACUCUGGAUCAUAGAGGCUUUUAUUCUUGAGGACAACAAAGCAACCCCCAAUGGAUCCUGCAAAGAGAACUUUUGUAAGAAACCCAUGUGAGGCAGCUAUACCAGGGACAAAAGGGUGGAGGCAAGUCUGACCAGCUCUGUGGAACUUCAUCUUAUUGGCCAGCCCCCCACAACCUCCAAAGGAAGCUGUGGGCUUCCAACCAUAGCCCUGAAAUAUCUCACUACACUACAUUUUCAAAGAAAAUAUUAAAAAACCCAGCUCCAAGAGGACCAGAGUGAUUUGCUGAAGGACAGACAUUUUUUCUCAACUAGUUUUAAGGGAAAAAUCUAAAACAUGGUUUAAAGAGAGA